AUGAGAAACUGUACUUCAGUAACAGAAUUCCUCCUGAUGGGAAUCCCACAUACAGCUGGGCUAGAAAUGGUGCUCUUUGUCCUCUUUCUGGCCUUCUAUUUGCUUACUCUUCCAGGAAACCUACUCAUUCUUCUGGCCAUCCUCACCUCUUCCAACCUUCACACACCCAUGUACUUCUUGGGAAACCUGUCAGUGCUUGAUAUAUUUUUCCCUUCAGUGAUGCUCUACCUCACUGGACACAGCCACACCAUCUCUUACCAGGGCUGUGCCUCCCAGAUCUUUUUCUACGAUUUCCUGGGCUGUGCUGAAUGCUUCCUGUAUACUGUGAUGGCCUAUGACCGCUUUGCAGCCAUCUGUCACCCUUUGAGAUAUACAGUCAUCAUGAGUUCAUGGGUGUGUGCCUCCAUGACUGUGGCCACCUGGAUGGGGAGCUGUCUACAUGCAUCUGUUCUCACAUUCCUAAUUUUCAAGUUACCCUACUGUGGACCCAAUGAAGUAGACAACUUUUUCUGUGACAUCCCUGUAGUGUUGCCCCUGGCUUGUGGAGACACUUAUCUGGCACAGGCUGUGAGCUUCAUCAAUGUAGGUCUUGUUGCACUUGUGUGCUUCUUUCUUAUUCUCACUUCGUACACUCGCAUAGUCACCUCUGUCUUGAAAAUUCGGUCUUCUGAAGGCAGGCGCAGAGCCUUCUCCACCUGCAGUGCCCACCUGACAUCCAUUCUGCUUUUCUAUGGCCCUGUGGUCCUCAUUUACCUCAGACCUGCCUCCAGUCCUUGGCUGGAUUCAGUGGUUCAAGUGUUGAAUAAUAUUGUUACUCCUUCCCUUAAUCCUUUGAUAUAUUCCCUGAGAAACAAAGAGGUAAAAGUGGCUUUGAGAAAGGUGUUGACACAAGGGAUUCACAGUCCUGGAGAAUAA